AUGGCGACAAACCUCGUUCGUUCCACGAGCUUGCCUACAGCAACUCAUCCUCUCAUUGUCAGUGCAGAGGAGCAGUUGCAAAGGUUGAAGUCAUCUGAAGGAACUUCCACUUCUUCUCAUUCAACAAUAUGCCAAAAAUUGGAUGGACUCAGAAAAUUGUACGAUUGUGUUAAUGAUGUCCUCCAAUUGCCAAUUAGCCAACAAGUUCUCUCCUAUGAAAAACAUGUUAAAUUAAUGGAACAUGUCUCUAACGGUUCCCUCAAGGUUUUGGAUACCUGUAGCAUCACUAAAGACGCUUUCUCACAGAUGAAGGGACGUGUUCAACUACUCGAGUCAUGUCUACGUAGAAGGAGAGGUGGAGAAUUCAGCUUAUCAAAUGAAGUCGACGCAUACAUGGCAUCUAAUAAGAAACUCAACAAAGUGAUUUGCAAAGGUUUCAGAGAUUUGCAUAAGAAAGAAAAUGAUCAGACAAUAGUAAUGGAGGAAUCUGACCUUAAAUCAUUGGUUAGUCUAAUUAAAGGACUUGAAGAUGUUACUCUUACAGUAUUGGAGUCAACUUCAUCUUUCAUUUCCAAAACAAAGAUGAAAUCAAAGCAGAAUGGUUGGCCUGUGGUCUCAAAGUUAUUAAAGCCAAAGAGAGUUUCAUGUGAAGGAGUUGAAAUAUCUGAAGUUGAGAAGUUAGACAUGGAGUUGCUUCUUCUACGUAACGAGAAGAUAGAUAAUUCACAGAUAUUAAGUGCACUUAAAAAACUGCAGGUAUUUGAGUCAAGCAUUCAAGAACUGGAGGAUGGGUUGGGAGCUAUUUUUAGGCUUCUCUUGAAAACUAGAGUUUCCCUUCUCAACAUUCUCAGUCACUAA